AAAUAAUAUAAUUCGUCAGAUUGAGAGGUUAAAUUCUAUUGGAUGAAGUUGACACUCCUGCUUGAGAGCAAUGGAAGGGGUUGCGUAAGCCCGUAGAAUAAAAAGCUUCGAUCCGACUUUUUUAGAGUGGAACAAGAGAAAAGAUCAACAAUCAUGGAGAACGCUUUCCUUAUGAACGGUAGUGAUAAUACCACUAUGGGACCGUCGAAAAUAGUAAUACAACCUCUUCUUAAAACAGUCCAUGAUAUUUUAUUGGUUGUUUUAUUGGUUGCAGUGAUGUUCGCUAUGGGGUGCCAUAUUACUUGGGAAGACCUCUGGACCCACAUACGAAGACCAAUUGGUAUAAUCAUUGGAAUGUGCAGUCAGUUUGUUCUACUACCUCUAUCAGCUUUCAUACUAAUUAAAAUACUAGGUUUGGGCAUACUUCACGCAACGGGACUUUUACUUUUGGCAUGCAGUCCAGGUGGAGUCACGUCAAAUAUUUUUACCUAUUUCUGUGAUGGGGAUAUUUCUCUCAGUAUAGCUAUGACUACGUGUAGUACACUUGUAGCCUUAGGUAUGAUGCCUCUCAAUCUUUACAUGUAUGGGCAAUCUUUAAAUCAAGAGAAUGUUGCUAUUCCAUACGGGAAAAUGGCCUUGACUCUAGUUGCAGUGACAUGUCCAGUCAUGUUAGGUAUGCUCGUUCACUGGAAAUGGUCUCGGGUUGCAGGCUUUUUGACAAAGAUUGGCAGCUAUGCUGGCUUGGCGAUAAUUGUUGUUUGCCAGACGAUGGAAUUUUUUAUUUUUCCAGAUAUUUUUCGAAAUGUUCCCUGGCAGCUCUAUCUUGCAGUUGUUCUUCUUCCCUGUCUAGGGUUUUCUCUUGGAUACAGCUCAGCUUGGGUAUGUCGACAGAAACCUCAAGUAAGACGAACGAUUUCGAUUGAAAGUGGCGUUCAGAAUGUUGGCACGGCCCUAACAGUAGCAUCCUUAUCGUUUGAUUUUAAUGAUUUAGACAAAGUGCUUCUUUUCCCAUGGUUGUAUGCUUUCUCCAUGACUGGUGUCUGUAUUGUAAUUUCGGCAUUAUACCAAAUUUAUGUACGUUACAGUGAUAUAUCUAAAUCUGUUGAAACACUUCCUGCCGAAAGAGAAGUUGCAGAAAUACGUUAUGCUGAAGAAGGUGGGAAAUCAAACAAGGGCUACGUUGGUGAUUCUACUAAAAUGUGAUGAACCAGAACAACAAGGUCAGGUGAUAUGAGAACAAUACUCAGAAAAAUGGAACCAAAAUAUUAGUUUGAAACACAUAAUGAAAAUGAAGAAUGUGAUGAAUACCAUCAACUAGAAAGAGCAAAAUAUUAUUCAUUUGAAGCUAACAAUUUUAUUCAGUUAUACCUAAGUGUUCCUUCAUUUCGUUAUUGUGCAUAUAUGUUUACACUUUCAUAUUUGUCAUUUCAUAUGAGAUAGUGAUGCUUUUAACGAGUAACACGUUUACAAUUCAUCACAAUAGAUGUUAUGUGAUAGUAUUUUUUCGUUUAAAUUAAGUGCCUUUUUCAUAACACUUUGUAUUAUACGUUUAUUUUGUAUUAUGUAAAUAGCUCUAAUGUAACUCUGUAACCUCAAUCAUUUUUUCAAUUGGAUCUGAAAGUAUUUAUUAAAUUUCUUAUACUUGUGUA